CACUAUUAUGUCGAUCCCGCUUGCAGCAGUUCCAAGAAACACGAUAGCAGCGAAAGAGAAAGGGAAACAAAAAGCUACCCAAGAUGACUUCAUCUCUUUCGACGACCUGGCGUCAGAAAGCUCUUCUUCGUCGGGCUCCAGCUCAAAUUCAUCCUCCGAUAGCGACUCGGAUUCGGACUCGGACGAUGAAGAAAUCACUGAAGAAUACUUGCAGUCUCUUUUGGACAAAGCAAAAUCAAAUGCUCGAGAGUCAGCUAACAUGAAAAAGGCACUCCGAGAAAAUGCGUUUGGUGCUGGAGAAGACAUUAUCAAAUUGGAUGGUGAUGAAUCGGAGAAGCCAUUGCCGCCAUUGGAUCCUGGGGAACUUCCGCCUGCAUAUUUUGAAUUUGUGAAAGAUCGACGUGACGCCCCCGCAACUGUACGAGACCCAGACAUACAGCGCGCAGAAGCAGCCACCUCUGGAACCGCUACUCCUGCACCCCCUCCAAAACCAACGCUUACUGGAAAAAUAGCAACUAAAAAACAGCGAAAAGCUAUGAGAAAUCAAACUGCUGGUCUAAGCUGGUUUGACCUUCCGGCACCCGCUGAAGCCGAUCUGCCUCGAUUGCAUCGUGAAGUUGAAGCCCUUCGCCUGCGCAAUCAACUUGAUCCCAAGCGCUUCUACCGUAAAGAAGAUGGCGACGGGAAGGGUAUCAAAGGACUCCCGAAACAUUUUGCUAUUGGCACCAUUGUGACUACAAACACGCCAUUUGGCACAGCAAGUACGGACAACCUUCCUCGUGCUCAUCGCAAGAGAACAUUGGUCGAUGAAUUAGUCGAUGAUGCAGAAGCGCGACGAUAUGCAAAGAGGAAAUUCGAGGACCUGCAGACCGUGAGGGGUGCGAGAGGAAAGAAUACCUUACACCAAAAGAACGCGUUGCGCAGGCCAAAGUGGUGAUUGCACUCUCACCUAGGCCAGGCUAAUCGUUCGUUAGAACCAUGACCCUUGCACAUUAACUUUGUCCGUAUGCUACGAUGCAUGAGAAUGGUCAACACGCGCGGGUCCAUGUACGGCAUCUCACUAUAAAUUAAACGUGCGCUGAUAACUGUGCCUGAUGAAGAAUUCAACGAUAAAAACA